GCGAUAACGUGUAGGAGGAGUUUACGGCGUGUUUCCGUAAUCGGGGAACUUCAGACGGCGUAUCGCUCCAGGUCGCAGAAGUGCAAUGGAAGAAGAGUUCCGCGAAAUCGAUCAAGUCGGGAGUUGGAGCGCCAUUUACCAGGAAAUCCGUCAACAGUCCAGUGAACUCCCUUGCAAAUUUGCCAGGUCACCAGAAAACAAAUGUCGUAAUCGUUACCGAGAUGUUAGUCCUUUCGACCACAGCAGAAUCCUUCUGCAGCUGGGGGAUAAUGACUACAUCAACGCCAGCUUAAUAUGUAUGGAGGAAGCAAAGAGGAACUACAUCCUCACUCAGGGGCCGCUCCCGAACACAUGUGGCCACUUCUGGGAGAUGGUGUGGGAGCAGAGGACCCGUGGGGUGGUGAUGCUCAACAGAGUCAUCGAGAAGGGAUCUAUAAAAUGUGCCCAAUACUGGCCCCAAAUAGAGGAAAGAGACGCUGUCUUUGAAGACACCAGCUUCAGGGUCAGCCUCAUUUCAGAGGACGUCAAAGUGUACUACACCGUCCGUCAGCUGGAGCUGGAAAACCUCGUUACACAGGAGACCAGGGAGAUCUUACACUUUCACUACACCACCUGGCCGGACUUUGGGGUCCCCGAAUCUCCCGCCUCCUUCCUCAACUUCCUGUUCAAGGUGCGGGAGACGGGCUGUCUGAGCGCGGAACACGGGCCCGUGGUGGUGCACUGCAGCGCCGGCAUCGGGCGCUCUGGGACCUUCUGCCUCGUGGACACCUGCCUAGUUCUGAUGUCCGUCCGCAAGGACCCUACGUCUGUCCGCAUCCGCGAUGUGCUGCUGGAGAUGCGGCGCUGUCGCAUGGGCCUGAUCCAGACCGCUGACCAACUGCGCUUCUCCUACCUUGCCGUUAUUGAAGGGGCCAAGUGCAUUAUGGGGGAUGAUGAUCUGCAGGACUCAUCGGAAGAGUUGUCGAAUGAUGAAGAGGAUUAUCCAGAGUUUACACCCCCUCUUCCUCCUCCUCGUCCCGGAAGGGAUUCCCGGAACGACAUGAUCCAGCCGCCUUUUUCUGCCGAAUACGAUGAGCUCAUCGCCAAGAGCGUCCACUCUCUGGGAACCCAGCAGGACCCUCGCCUGCGGAGGAGGACGGUGGGAGACCCCCCGCCUCCCCCGAGCCCCAAGGAGGACGAGGAGGACCGGCCCGACGGCGGAGAGCCCCAGGAGCACGCCUCCAGAGACGUGGCUCCGCCCCGACCGGAGCCGCAGGGGCGGGCGGAGGAGCCAGAGGAGCCCGGGGCGGCGGAGGGCGGAGUGCCCGGCCCGGGGGAGAAGGCUCCCGGGCCGUGGUCCCCCGUCGUAGUCAACCUGUGCCUCUGCACGGCGUUCGCUCUCAGCGCCUACGUCUGCUACCGAGCUUGCUACCACUGAUGUUUUUUUUUUUUUGUUGUUUUUUUAUUAAUUUUUAUUUUAUUCUCACUUUAGCUUUUUAGCCGUUUUCUUUUCUAUGGAGUCGAUUUAGGCUGUCCUGCCUGUUGUCCUUGACUGGGCUUUUUCACUGCACUUGGAGUGGAUUAACCUGCUUCAUUGAUGCCAUUGAAUUCAGGUUCAUUCUUCUUCGUUAUUUUUAUACAUGCAUCAUUUACAAAUGCAGUGUGAGAGGGGGGGCAGGCGCACUGGGGGGGGAGGCACCGCCCCGUCCGUUGGUCGUCUGGACACUCAGGGCCUUCCCUUUACACCACGUCAUCAAAGUCCCCACUUGGAGAGAAGCAAUGAAACUCGUGUAUGCUCCUUUUUUCAGAGCAGUGGGGGGGAACAUGUUUGGAGCCGCAGAGCUGAGUUGGUCGUUGUUCGGGGCACCUUGCAUAUGCCUCUGUCUGCCCGCACUUCAUUUACCAAAUAUUUCUCUUCAGUGUGGUUCGGUUUGAGACGUUCUCUGUUUUUUGAUUCAGUUAACAUUGAAUUUUCAUCCCAAACUUUUCAUUUUCUUCUCUCCUCCUGAACCAAUGGGACUGAGAAGCAUGGUUUCACCUGCUGUGCUUGAAACAGAACUAAUAGGACCAUUUCUAUAACAAUAGUAUUUCCAUUUUCUAUGGGUCCGUUUUAAUCCCGGAAGGAAGUUGAACAGUGACAUGUGGAGGUCCGCAUAAAGCCUCCACCAAAUCCCAGCAAAAUAAAUGAGCAAUGGAGGGGGGUUGGGGUGAACCUGGCAGGCUGCCCUUCAGCUGUCUCACCUUUCCAGGGUUGCAGACAGAAGGGAUGCUGUAGUGUCUAUGCGUGAAUGUAGACAUGUAUGUGUGUGCAAUUUUGGUUGGGAAGGGGUAUGUUGUUGACGAGUGCUUGUGAGAGUUAGUCAUUGUCAUGCUCACGCAGAUCUUAAGAUGUUGUUCAGUUCCGGCGGGAUCAGAGAGCCGGCUGACGCAGAGCGUUCCUGAAGGAGUCGUGCGUCGCAGCUCAGGAACCUCCUGUCUGACUUAUCGUGAUGUUUUUGUCUCCGUUUCGUCUGGCAUUCUCCCGAAACAUGGCUUUAAGAAGGUUGAUAAAAAAUAGACUUUAUACAAUUUAAGUUGCUUUUUAACAGUUGUCGAGUAGGCUACAUUCGUGUAAUCUGUUAUGAAAUUAGGCAACAUUUGAAUUGAUGGUGUUUAUAAGUGGAAAAACGCCUCUUCAGGGCAUAGCAAUGCAGUAGUAGUCAAUGGAAAAACAAACUAACCUGUGGUCUUCUCCCAUCUUACCAGCAAUACGAAUGCUCAACAUCGCCCUUUACGAACGAGACUCAACGCUCAACCAUCCUUGUAAGACAGGGAACCAGGGAUAUGAAAUAAACCAAAAAUGAAACACCAGCAGAGUGAAAAACAAGAGUGGGACUGAUGACCUUUUGACGUCACCGGCACACAGCGGCCCGGGCGGGGGCGCCCUGCUGUGAUUCCUUUCUACUGUUGAGCAUUCUGCAGCGUACCUGACCCGAGAAGAGAUUAAAUGUGCUGCUUCGGUCCAUUUGUGUGUGGAAAUCAGAAGUACAGUACAGUACAUUGCUGUACUUUUCUCUAGAAUGUAUAAAGUGUCCUAUGGCCACUCACAGACACAGACAUAUCUUUCAAAUCAGGUUUCAACGUGCUGAAUGAGUUAUAUUGUUUAACUUCAGUCAGGAAAUGAAUCCAAGUGCUUGGGCAACAAUGUAUUGCUCCGGGUCCACCAUGAUUAUAUUUUUUUUACAUCCAUUGUUUUACUUUAAAAAUAAAUAAAUAAGUCUACCACUGA